ACUGAAUUUGUUGCUAUCCAGUCUGGUUACAGCAUCGCCUUCGUAAACAUCGUUCAGAACUAUUUUGCUCAAAUAAAAUGAGUAUUUUCGCCAUAGUUUUCGCCAUCUUCGCCCUUCUAAUCGCCCUCCUUUACUUUCUCGAGCAGAAGAAUCGACGCCACUUUGAGUCCAAGGGAAUCCCUUAUCGCGGCAAUGGCACGUACAGCUUCAUGUUUAAUUUCUUCACCGGGAUCGGUUUCGUCGAUAGUUUUACGCUUGCUUACAAACAGGCAAAAUCUCUGCACCCGAAGGUCGUCGGCUCGACCGAGUUUGGCAUAACGAAGCUCCUCGUUUACGAUCCCGAGAUCAUAAAGUCCGUUCUGGUAAAGGACUUUGAUCAUUUUGUCGACCGUGGGAUAUUCUACAUACCGAAGAAUGACUAUCUCUUCGCCAAAAUGCUCCUUACGCUGCGGGGCGACCAAUGGAAGUUGCUAAGGUCAAAGUUGAGUCCUACCUUUACAACGGGCAAGAUAAAGCGUCUCUUCUCUCUAUUUGACCAAAGUGGGAAAAAACUGGUCAAGUUUGUCGAGGACGAAAUGAGGACAAAUAAUGAGAUGGACUUGUCCAGUGGCUACUCAAAAUUCGCCAUGGACGUGAUCGCCUCCGCCGUUUGUGCCAUGGAUUCAAAAGCAUUUGAGCAGAGGGAACCUUCCAUAUUUGAAAAGAUGGGGGACAAAUUGAGACUAAAUUUCGGGGGGAAGGGGAUGCUUAAUCUAUUGGUCAUCAUGCUUGCCCCCCCGUUGGCAGAAUUCUUGGGGUUAUCUGUUUUCAACAUGGAAAUGCAAAGCUUUUUCUCUUUCGCGAUAAAAGGUUCGAUUCAUGACCGUCAAAAGAAGAAUGAGAAAGGGAACGAUUUCAUUCAGUUGAUGUUGGAGGCGAGGGAGGACAAGUUGAAGGCGGAGGAGGGUGAAUUGUCCACUUUUGAGAAGGAUGCCGAAAUCAAGAGCGUCGGCAAAGCUUCUACCGGCAACAUGCUGGAUGACACCGGGAUCGUGGCGAAUUGUGUGCUCUUUGUUCUGGCUGGAUUCGAUACGACGCAAUCGCUUAUGCUCUACUCUGCGUAUGCUCUCGCGCUAAAUCAAGAUGUCCAGGAUAAGUUGAGGAAGGAAAUUGAAACUACGUUGGAGGAUAACGGUGGCGAAUUUAGCUACGAGUCGAUUCACAAAAUGACUUAUCUGGAUAUGGUUAUCAAUGAAACGCUGCGAGUCUACCCACCCGCGGGGUUGCUGGAAAGAACAGCGACGCAAGAUUACCAAGUACCCGGGACUGACUACCUCCUCAAGAAAGGAUGUGCCGUUCAAAUCCCUGUCGCUGGACUUCAUCAGGACGCAAAGUAUUUCCCAGAACCUGAGAAAUUUGACCCGGAGAGAUUUUCGAUGGAGAAUAAGGCCAAGAUCAACCAGUAUGCGUACCUCCCGUUUGGCGCUGGACCUAGAAACUGCAUCGGGAUGAGAUUUGCUCUGACAGAAGCGAAACUCGCAAUUUCUCAUUUGGUUCACAAUUUCAGAAUUGAACCUUCAAAGAAGACGUUGAUCCCGAUGAAAUAUACGAAUGAAAACUCACUCAAACCGCAGGGUGGAAUGUUUCUUGCUCUUAAUAAAAUUCAUCAUUAAUUAAUUGAGUUGACAUUUUCUAAAUAAAAUAUUCUUGUUGAGUACAGAUCUUGUUUUACUUUAAAUAAAAUAUACUUGUGUUGGUAUGUAUCUAGAG